AUGGAGAAUUACAGAUCCAAGUCCUGUAGAGAUGAGAGGAACAUGCAGAUGGAGGUCUACUAUGGAGGCAGCAGAGAUGAAAGGAAUAUGCAGAUGGAUGUCUACUAUGGAGGCAAGGCAGCUCCACCACCACCAACAAGCAUGAGAGAUCUCAAGAGUUACAGUGUCAACUAUGGUGGCUCUGGUAGUUCUGGUGCAUACCCAAAUCAUCAGAUUGUUAAAGAUGUCAAGAUCAAGAAAGGGAAGAGCAGUUUGGGGACAUCCACUUCAAAGAUCUGGAGCUUGGCUGACCCAGAAUUGCAGAGGAAGAAGAGGGUUGCUGGAUAUAAAGUCUAUUCAGCUGAGGAGAAGAUGAAAGGGUCUUUCAAGAAGAGCUUCAAGUGGAUCAAGAGCACCUACACUCAAGUAGUCUAUGGCUGGCGAUGA